CCCAUAGGUAGCAACAGCUACCUGGAGUGAGGAGCCACGCGGCAGCGGCCCGGGCGUGCACUUAGAGCUGCUACCCCCAGGCUGCGGCCCAGUGGUGGGGCUGGAGGGCCGCAGCCCCCGCCCUUCCAUGUGUCCGCCCAGCCGGCGGCCGCAAGGCGCACUCGGCUGCGCGCUGGGUGCAGUCGCCCGCGCCAGGGGCUGCGGAGCGCGGGCCGGCGGCCGGGCGGCGGGGGACUCCGCGCCGGGGGACACAGCAAUAUGAGGCGCAGAUCUGUGUCUCGGGAGCAUCUGGAGCUGCUGGCCCGUGGAGCUGAACCUGCUGAUGCCGAGUGAGGUUCCAAACCACGUCUGUUCCCACUGGGAGCUCCUGUCUAUCUGUGGAGGUGGGAACCUGCCUUCCCCGGGUGACAGAGGAGGCACUUCAGGAGCCGGUGGCAUUGACCUGGGCUUCAGACCAAGGCUCACAACCGGCCUUGAACCUUGUCCUCUGCAUCGUGUUAGCUGGGCCAGCCAGUUACCCCCGGUCCCCAGUUUUCUCGUCUGCACAGUGAUGGACCCUGAGAGUUCAGGUUACUCUGACGGCAUCAGGUGGACCGACACCAUCCCCCGCCCCCUCGCCGGGGCCCGAGCGUGGGGAGCAUGGAGGAGAGCAAGGACGAGGCAGCAAACCGGGCGCAUGCCCUCUUUGACCGCUUCGUGCAGGCCGCCACCUGCAAGGGGACCCUGAAGGCCUUCCAGGAGCUCUGUGAGCACCUGGAGGUGAAGCCCCAAGACUACCGCUCCUUCUACCACAGGCUCAAGUCCAAGCUCCACUACUGGAAAGCCAAAGCCCUGUGGGCGAAGCUGGACAAGCGGGGCAGCCACAAGGACUACAGGAAGGGGAGGGCCUGCAGCAACACCAAGUGUCUCAUCAUUGGAGCUGGUCCCUGCGGUCUCCGCACAGCCAUCGACUUGUCCUUGCUGGGAGCAAAGGUGGUCGUGAUUGAGAAGCGAGACGCCUUCUCCCGAAACAAUGUCCUGCACCUCUGGCCCUUCACCAUACAUGAUCUGCGAGGUUUGGGUGCCAAGAAGUUCUAUGGCAAGUUCUGUGCUGGGUCCAUCGACCACAUCAGUAUCCGCCAGCUGCAGCUCAUCCUUCUGAAAGUCGCGUUGAUCCUGGGCAUUGAAAUCCACGUCAAUGUGGAGUUCCAAGGACUCGUGCAGCCUCCUGCGGACCAGGAAAACGAGCGGAUAGGCUGGCGGGCCCUGGUGCACCCUAAAACCCACCCCGUGUCAGAGUACGAGUUUGAAGUGAUCAUCGGAGGGGACGGCCGCAGGAACACCUUGGAAGGGUUUCGUCGGAAAGAGUUCCGUGGCAAACUGGCCAUCGCUAUCACAGCCAACUUCAUCAACCGAAACACAACAGCAGAAGCCAAAGUGGAAGAGAUCAGUGGUGUGGCUUUUAUAUUCAACCAGAAGUUUUUCCAGGAGCUGCGGGAGGCCACAGGCAUUGAUCUGGAGAACAUCGUCUACUACAAGGACGACACGCACUAUUUCGUUAUGACAGCCAAGAAGCAGAGCUUGCUGGACAAAGGGGUGAUACUGCACGACUACGCCGACACGGAGCUGCUGCUGUCCCGGGACAACGUGGACCAGGAGGCUCUGCUGAACUACGCCCGGGAGGCCGCUGACUUCUCCACCCAACAGCAGCUGCCGUCCCUGGACUUUGCCAUCAACCACUACGGGCAGCCCGACGUGGCCAUGUUCGACUUCACCUGCAUGUAUGCCUCUGAGAAUGCCGCCCUGGUGCGGGAGCUGCACGGGCACCAGCUCCUUGUGGCCCUGGUUGGGGACAGCCUCCUUGAGCCGUUUUGGCCAAUGGGAACUGGCAUCGCCCGGGGCUUUCUGGCUGCCAUGGACUCUGCCUGGAUGGUGCGAAGUUGGUCUCUGGGAGCCACUCCCCUGGAAGUGCUGGCCGAGAGGGAGAGCAUCUACCGGCUGCUGCCUCAGACCACCCCUGAGAACGUGAGCAAGAACUUCAGCCAGUACAGCAUCGACCCCGUCACUAGGUACCCCAAUAUCAACAUCAACUUCCUGCAGCCGAGCCAGGUGCGCCAUUUGUAUGACUCUGGGGAAGCAAGAGACAUCCACCUGGAGCUGGAGGGCCUGGCACACCCCAGGGCCACCCCUAAGCUGGCUCGCCAUGAGUCUGUACCUCGUUCAAACAAGCUGCUGAGCUGGUGCCAAAGGCAGACGGAGGGCUACGCAGGGGUCAGUGUGACGGAUCUCACCGUGUCUUGGAAGAGCGGCCUGGCCCUGUGCGCCCUUAUCCAUCGGUAUCGCCCCGACCUCAUAGACUUUGAUUCUCUGGAAGAGCAAAACGUGGAGAAGAACAACCAGCUGGCCUUCGACACCGCGGAGAAGGAGCUGGGCAUCUGCCCCAUCAUGACGGGCAAGGAGAUGGCCUCAGUGGGCGAGCCCGACCAGCUGUCCAUGGUCAUGUACCUGACCCAGUUCUACGAGAUGUUCCGGGACUCGCUGUCCUCCCGUGAUGCCGCGGCCCUGAACGCUGAGGAGAAGGCAGUGCUGGUAGCCAGCACCAAGUCCCCCAUCUCCUUCCUGAGCAAGCUCGGCCAGACCAUCUCCCGGAAGCGGUCCCCCAAGGACAAGAAGGAGAAGGACUCGGACGGGGCUGGGAAGAGGAGGAAGACCAGUCAGUCCGAAGAGGAGGAAGUGCCCCGGGGCUGCAGAGGAGGGCGUCCGGCUCUGGGGAGCGCUCUGACCGACCGGAGGACCGAUGUUGCCCUCGGCAACCAGAACAAAGUCAAGUACAUGGCGACCCAGCUGCUGGCCAAGUUUGAAGAGAACGCGCCCGCCCAGUCCAGUGGCUUGAGGAGACAGCCGACACAAGAGCGUGGGGCCGGCCAGCCGUCCUGCGGCCGACCUGAGCAGGGCCGCCCUGCUCCCACCCCACAGUGGAAACAGCGGCAGGGAAAGGAACGUUCUCGGACCUGUCCCAAAAAAGUGAUCACACUCUCUCCACCCCCCACUCCACCUCCCUGUCGGGCAUGUGGCGGCCAGCAGACGCGCAGGGACCGUGAUGCCGACCACCGUGGCAAGCAGCGUCCCCACCGUGAGCGGCCAGAGUCUGAACCUUCUCGUCGAUUUUUUGUCGACCAGUGGGAGCUUUCUCUUAGUCUCCGUUCCUCCAGCCGCCCCGCCUCUCCCUCCUCUGACUCCCUGCGACAGAAGUAUAUAAAGAUGUACACGGGUGGAGUGAGCUCAUUGGCUGAGCAGAUAGCCAAUCAGCUUCAAAGGAAAGAACAGCCCAAAACCCUUCUAGACAAGAAGGAACUGGGCUCCAUGAAGAAGGAGUUCCCGCGGAACCUGGGAGGCAGCGACACGUGCUACUUCUGCCAGAAGCGGGUGUACGUGAUGGAGCGGCUGAGCGCUGAGGGCAAGUUCUUCCACCGGAGCUGCUUCAAGUGCGAGUACUGCGCCACCACGCUGCGCCUGUCGGCCUAUGCCUAUGACAUCGAGGACGGUAAAUUCUACUGCAAACCUCACUACUGUUACCGCCUGUCCGGCUCCGCACAGAGGAAGAGACCAGCGGUGACCGCCCUGUCUGGGAAGGAUGCCAGAGCACCCCUGCAGGAGGGCCCGGUGGCAGACGCAAGUGGACGGGCCAGCGGUGCUGCUGGCCCUGCAGAGAGAACUCCAGGGUCCAGCGUGAACGGCCUGGAGGAGCCCAGCAUCGCCAAGCGGCUGCGCGGCACCCCGGAGAGGAUCGAGCUGGAGAACUGCCGCCUGUCCGUGCAGCCGGCUGCAGAGCUGCAGGAGGUGCCCGAGGAGACGCAGGCCGAGCACAACCUCAGCAGCGUGCUGGACAAGGGCCUGGAGGACGACGCCGCCAGCAGCAGCUCUGAGUCCGAGAUGGAGGAGGAGGAGGACGAGGAGGACGGGCCCGCGCUGCCCACCUCGGACCUGGGCGGCGUUCCCUGGAAGGAAGCUGUGCGGAUCCACGCGCUGCUCAAAGGGAAGAGCGAGGAGGAUCUGGAUGCCUCCAGGAGCCGGGAGCCCGGGGAGGAGGAGGAGCAGGAGGAGGAGGAAGAGGAGGAGGAGGAGGAAGAAGAGGAGGAGGAGGAGGAGGAGGAGGAGGAGGAGGAGGACUACGACGCGGAGUCCAGUGAAGCAGCUGCCCGGAGCCAGAGGCUGCCGCAGGCCCCGAGCGCGGCCGACCCCCUGGAGAUCCAGGCGGACGUGCACUGGACGCACGUCCGGGAGAAGGAGGAGGAGGAGCGCACGGCGCCCGGCUCCGCGCCCUCCACUUCCCGAGCGCCUGACCUCCCCUCCGCGCGCCGCGCAGCCGUGCAGGCCUGGCUGGAGACAGUGUCCGGAGGCCCGUCGGACGAGCCUGGCCUGGAGGAGGACGCAGACUCGGAGCCCGCGGAGAUGGAAGGGGAGGCCGCUGAGAACGGGGACCCGGGGGACACUGGUGCAGAGCUGGAUGACGAUCAGCACUGGUCUGACGACAUCCCCUGGGAGGCCGAGGCCGAGGUGCACAGGCCGCUGCCGGCGACGGCAGGCGUGGAGCUGGAGCUGAAGGUCUCAGAAGACCGGGCGGCUUGGCCCGCUGCCUCUCCACAGCCCCGAGGGAGAGGUCCCUCCCAAGUCUCCAGUCCCAUCCGGCCCACGGCGGCAGAAGCUGCGCUGUUCCCCCGCGUCCACAGCCCCACGGCCGAGGGCACCCGGGUCCCACUCCUGUCUGGGGUCGCCAGGUUGAAAUCGCCUGAGGAGCGCCUCUUCCCGGAGCUCGUGGUCCCCAGAGUGGACGUUGCCACUGACCAGAAAGCUACACCCUCUCCUGCCCACACCCCUCCCGCGGCCCUGCCGCCUCGCUCCCCGCUGGCCGCCCCCGCCCUGCUCCCCAUUUGCUCCCAGCCACAGCCUUCCUGCGAGGCCGCCGUCCCAUCGCCCACCUUGUCCCCCAUAUGCUUCCAGCCUGGUCCAGCCAAGACGUCCACCCCCCUGGCCUCCGUCCCCGUGAAGAGCCAAGGGGACUCCCAGGACCGGCUGGGCAGCCCCCUGGCUGCAGACGAGGCUCUGCGGCGCAGCGACCUGGUGGCCGAGUUCUGGACGAAGAGCGCUGAGAUCCGCCGCAGCCUCGGGCUCACGCCCGUCGACCGGGGCAAGGCGCCCGAGCUCAGCCUCCCCUCGCCCGUCCUGAAGCCCGUGUCCCUCAAGGCCUACUCGGUGGAGAAGUCCCCUCAGGGCGAGGGGCUCCCUCUCCUGAAAGCCCCACCUGUUCCCAGGAGACCGGGCCUCCCGCAGUCGGAGGGCGACCAGCCCUGCCUGCCGACCCCCAAGUCCCCGUCUGACCGCGAGCCGAGGAGCGCCCACGAGGAGCGGCGGGACCUGUCCAGCAGCUCCGGCCUGGGCCUGCACGGGAGCUCCUCCAACACAAAGACCCUGGGCAGCCAGAGCUUCAACACCUCGGACUCCACGAUGCUCACCCCGCCCUCCAGCCCGCCCCCGCCCCCGCCGCAGGGCGAGGAGCCUGCCACUCUGCGCAGGAAGCACCCCCAGAUGCCUGAGUCUCAGGAGGCGGAGCCCAAGGCCUCGGGGGUCCCACCGCCCCCAGCAGCCACCGCCCUGCGGCCACCCCGGGAGCCGGCCCCGCCCCCCCGGGAGGAGGUGCGGAAGUCGUUUGUGGAGAGCGUGGACGACAUCCCCUUCGCGGACGACGUGGAGGACACCUACGAGGACCGGACCGAGGACUCGAGUCUGCAGGAGCAGUUCUUCACGCCCCCGUCCGGCCCGCCCCUCUCCGAGAAGCCCCUCCGGCCACCCGCAGCCAAAGAGAACGGCAGGUUGCCCGGUCUGGAGAGUGGGGUGCACCUGCAGAAGAGGGGGCUGCCUGUGGUCUCCCCGGAGGCCAAGGAGCGGGCCGAGGAGCGCAUGCGGGCCCGGGAGAGGUCUGUGAAGAGCCAGGCGCUGAGGGACGCCAUGGCCACGCAGCUGCGUCGCAUGAAGGAGAUGGAGACGGCGGCCAAGGCCUCCAGGCCCCCCGGGGGCCCCAGCCGCAGACCCUCCUCGGGGCCCCCCAAGGGAGAGUCCCCGGCCUCGCGUCCCACCAGAGUUCCGGAAGAGCCCACCGCCAAGCACAAAGCCGCCAGCGAGGAGGCCCUGUCGCCCGCGUCGGACGCGGGGCCCCCUGACGGCUCGCUCACCUCCUCCGAGGGCUCCAGCGGGAAGAGCAAGAAGAGAGCGUCGCUCUUCUCCCCACGCAGAGCCAAGGGGAGGGCGGCCAAGGGGGAGGGGCGGCCCCCGGAGAAGCCCGGUGCAGACCUUGCAGAGGAGGCGGCCCCCAAACCCAGGUCCCUGUGGAAAUCGGUCUUCUCUGGGUACAAGAAGGACAAGAAGAAGAAGGGAGACAACAAGUCCUGCCCCAGCACCCCCUCCAGUGGGACCACUGUGGACUCAGGGAAGCACCGGGCGUCGCCCAGACUGAAAGCAGAGUUGCAGCUCCGACGCCAGCUGAGCUUCUCAGAGGACUCAGACCUCUCUAGUGACGAUGUCCUCGAGAGUGCCUCCCAGAGGUCGAAGCGAGAGUCGGUAUCUUUGCCACACGCCCUGGCGUCCGGGAGACCGUGUGCACCGAAGCCGAGAACUUACACGGAGGAGGAGCUGAGCGCCAAGCUGACGCGGCGCGUGCAGAAGGCGGCGCGGAGGCAGGCCAAGCAGGAGGAGCUGAAGCGACUGCACCGAGCCCAGAUCAUCCAGCGGCAGCUGGAGCAGGUGGAGGAGCGGCAGCGGCACCUGGAGGAGAGGGGCGUCGCAGUGGAGAAGGCGCUCCGUGGGGAAGCAGACUAUUGGGGAGAGUCUUGUUACAGUGGCCUCAUCGACUUGCAUCUGGGUGGCAUGGGCAAGAAGGACGACCCCAAGCUGAUGCAGGAGUGGUUCCGGCUGGUGCAGGAGAAGAACGCCAUGGUGCGCUAUGAGUCGGAGCUGAUGAUCUUUGCCCGGGAGCUGGAACUGGAGGACCGGCAGAGCCGGCUGCAGCAGGAGCUCCGGGAGCGCAUGGCUGUGGAAGACCACCUGAAGACAGAGGAGGAGCUGUCGGACGAGAAGAGGAUCCUGAACGAGAUGCUGGAGGUGGUGGAGCAGAGGGACGCCCUGGUGGCCCUGCUGGAGGAGCAGCGGCUACGGGAGAAGGAGGAGGACCGGGACCUGGAGGCCGCCAUGCUGUCUAAGGGCUUCAGCCUGAACUGGUCCUGAGCGCCCACCACACACACUGGCCGGUCCUCGGCGUCCACCAACCCAGCUGGGCCCUGCAGACCGUCUGGCCGAGAGCCGAGCAGGCCGGCGCUUCCUGGGCAUCCAGCGCCUCCGGAGCAGCAGCCAGGCGUCUGUGUGGAGCGGAGCCCGGGGGAGGCGACUACCCAAGGGGCUCUGCCUCCUUCAGGAGGCUCAUCCCACCCCCCCAGGGUGUGCAGGUCACGAGGGCAGUGGUGCCACUCGGGGAGAAGCGAGGACUGCGAGGUCCCCCUGGACGCGCAGGGGCCUGCGCCCCUUCGUGUGCAGCCACGGGCGACGAGAGAAGGAAGCGGCUGCCUCUGUGGGAUCGGUGGCCGCCAGAGUGCACCCGCACAGCGGAGGGGGCUGUCUUCACGGCCCGGAGUGCCACCAAAGAGACGAAGGAGACAGCCCAGGGGGCUGCCUGUGAGCUGAGACCAGCAGGAGCCACGGCCAGCCAGGCUGCCGCCGGCCCUGUGUUGCUGGGAAGCUGAGGGGCCCCGUGUCCAAGUUCAACAUGCAAGCAAGGAGGACCCACGAGGGGCCUGCUCCCAGCCCCACACCACACACUGGACUCCACGUGGCCAAACGCCCCAGGUCCUCCCCGACUGGGGCCCGAGGCCUGUGUAUUGCUGCAUUUUGCUUUUAGUUCACAACCGUUUUAACACUGGAAAAUCCUGACUCUGGGCGACGACGCAUCAGGCCCCACGGACAGGGCGGCGCGGCCGCUGUCCCGGGCGGGAGUCGCCCUGCUGGUGUUUUCCUGCGUUUGCACAUUGAAAUGAAGCUGACAAUCCAGCAAGACACUCAGACGCUUCGGACUCUUUUUGUCGAUUAUUUUUUUAAUACUUGAAAAAGAAAGACUUCCUUUUUAUAUCUUUACUAGGGACACUGACCACCUAGCAUCUGGUGUGGGUGUGACGGGCAUCCCCGGUCGCUGCCCGAGCGCUGGUCACACCGUCUGCUGAUUCCCCUUCCUCACGGCACCCUGUGCCCCGGCCUGGGGUUCCGCUCCCAGUGCCUCCGUCCCCCCCGACCUGGCACCCAGUCCUCACGCUGGCGCCAAACCUGAUGCCGACACCACCUGCCAGGAGGACGUUUGAGCACAGUGUGCGGCUGCCUGUCUCUCCCAGUGGGAGCCCCGGCUCUGCAGAACCCGUCUUCUUCGCUGUUCUUGGUGCCAGGGUUUCUCACCUCCUGCAGCAUGCUGAUUGGAGGAAGUUGGGGGCGGGCCCUCUUGCAGGCUGGCCUCCUCCGUGCCUGGUGGGCCCACCUGAUGGGGGUUCCCUCCGCCCAGCCUCAGAUCCAACCAGAGAGACAAGCAGGUGGGGGCCGAGCUAUCAGGGUUCAGGUUGGUCUCUCCAGGCCAGACCCCUCAGUUCCUGGGUCUUCCUGGGGAGACAAGGGGUGAUUCCUCACGGCUCAGCCGCAGCGUGAGGAGGCCCGGGGCGGCCGGGCACCACUCGGCCACGCACAGAACUGGCCCACCCGUGUGAGGCCAGUCUGGGGUCCUCCAGCCGACUCCCGUGCAGAGCGGCCAACGUCCAGAGAGCCGAGCCCGGCAGCUCAUCCAGGCCACCUGGGGGCAGGCGGACCGGGCAUCUGUGCUGAACUCGGACUUCGUGGGGAACCACACUGUGCCUCACCGCGAACAGCCGUGCUCGCCGCAGGGGAGCAGAGCGCCUGCCUCGCCCCUCGCACUGUCCCAGCGCCACCGUCCCCUCCUGUGGGUGGCCGGGUGCUGCCAGCCACCCGCGCGGGUCUGCCUCCCGCCCUGCUUGCAGCGAAGCCGGCAGACUUCUGUUUUAUUCUCUUUUCUAGAAAGGGCGAGGAGGUAUUCUAGGUUCCACCUUUAAAACCCAGCCUUCCAUCAGGUCGGACCUAGGACAGGACCUUUGUCGCCCGUGUGGCCUUUUGCAGACCCUCCGCCUCUCGGAGGCUGGGAGCCUGGCUGCGCCCCGGGAGAGACGCCACUCCCGGGACCCCACGUCAGGGGCGCCGUGUGCAGGGCAGUGGAAGGGGCGUGGCCCGAUGCCACGGGGCAUGAGGUGUUGCAGUCUGCCCGUGCUGCCGGCCCGGGCUGCCCCCUUCUGGAGUGCACACGGCUCCCUCCCGUCCCCACAGCGGGGCUGAGGACUUCGCCAAGAAGCUUUAAAAACCCAAGAGCCUGUACGGGGUUCCCCAGCACUCCACUCCACACGACACUCUUUUUAAAGCUCCCGUUUUGUAACCACUAGUUUGCAGUCUGUUUAGAGCCCUGGCGACGUGCUGCAUGGUGUGUGCUCCAGCUCUGGAAGUGCACGCGUGCCGCUCCAGGCGGGACUUCCUCCCGAGGCGUGGGUCCCCUGGAAGGCCGGGAACGGGACGGGCGUCUGUGGAAAUGCCCGAGGUCGAGGGAGCUCAGACACGGCCGACACCGUGGGUGGCUGCAGUGCCCCCGCCGGAGCCUGCGUCGCCAGGGUGGGGGUCGGGAGCAGGCCCGCACCCCAGGAGCCAACUUCCAGCUUCUUCGACCAGCAGUGACAGACACUUCUUCCAAAAGAGAUUUUUCAGUGGGGCAAGAAGUCCACUGAAAGAAAGAAGUUCCUGAAGUAACAACUGAGCUACAAAGGGGAGUGGGUCGUUUCGUGCGCAAUAAAUGUUUUCAAAGAAGUUUGGCGUGUGUUCAGUCACCGUGCCGGGCCCCCCACCCCUUCCCCGGGGGCUGGAGCCUGUGCGAGCCGUUUCGUGGUGGCGGGUGUGGGUGUGUGCAAGGCCAUUACGGAAGACAGCUUUUUCUCCUCUCCAGUCCGUGGCUUUCCGCCCAUGUUACUCAGCUCAGCCAUCCACUGUCCCCACUUGAGGAAGUGUCAGCAGCAGCCCAGGGUGGU